UAAUGAAAAAAAAAAAUCCGGGAGAAACAUGCCUGCUUAGAGAAAUUAAUUUUAUCCGUGACUUAUAAGGACUCUUAAGAAAACAGAAGCUUUUUUUUUUUCCCUUUGAGAGAACUAGGUUAACACCAGACAGUUCCCACCAAAUUCCCCUUAAUAGACUACUUCCACCUUCGACUUCUUGGAAUUUAUUUAUGUUGAAUUCUGAACUGUGGAAGGCAACGGUGAACCAGAACAACAACAACAAAAGGGCUUGGCGAAAACGCUGGUUCGUGUUGCGCCAAGGUCGAAUGAGUGGGAACCCUGAUGUCCUGGAAUAUUAUAGAAACAGCCAUUCCAAGAAGCCCAUCCGGGUGAUAGACCUUAAUGAAUGCGAGGUGGAGAAACACUCGGGGUCAAAUGUUAUCAAGAAAGAAUUCCAGAACAACUUUGUCUUCAUUGUGAAAACAACGUACCGCACCUUCUAUCUGGUGGCCAAAUCCGAGGAGGAAAUGCAAGUGUGGGUACGCCACAUCACCCAGAUCUGUAACUUUGGACAUUUGGAAGAUGGAACAGAUUCGGGAGACAGCCUGUCUCAGACCACUUCGUCCCCACAGCCCUCGCCGGCAGCUUCCGCCCACGCCUUGAGGAUGGCGGACCCGUCUUCCUCUGCUGAUCAGGCCGCCACCGACACCUCUGCUGCUGAGGAGACCGCAAGCGAGUCUGAGUCUCUGUUCCUGCCAGACUAUCUGUUCUUGUCCAACUGUGAGACCGGCAAACUCAACCAUGUCAGAUGCCACAGUUGGUCCAAUUCUGACCGAUCCUUGGAGCAGACUUCAUCGGAUGACGUCUUCGUCGACUUUGUGGCCUCUCAGCCCUCGCUGUAUUUGCAGCCCUCGGGCACCUUGCUCCAAGAGGUGGCUCAGCCUGCCAGUCACGGGGUCCUUUCCAGGAGCACAGACACAAACGGGCCUUCUUGCAGCGAUCUCUCCUCUUCCUCUCCCUUAACAGGACCUCCCUUAACACCAACCCUUCUGGGUGAUAAAAGCCAGACUGCUCUUUCCUGCGGCGCGCCUGAACUCGAUGUUCUGGCCAACACGCCGCCACCCAGGCCUCCGAAGCCGAUGCACUUCUCAGACAGAAGGGCUGAAGAGCUGUCUGGUGGGCUUCUUCAGAAUGGACACACGAGGCUCUCCGGAGCUCAGGGAGCUCUGGUGCCAAGACGGAUCUCCUUGUCCGGUUUGGAUGCCGUGCGGAAUUGGAGAGCUGACCUGGAAGAAAACUCCUUAAGAAGCAGAGAUAAGCGGCUUAGCUUGAACUUGCCAUAUCGAUUUAGUCCACUCUACUCUUGCCAGUCGGAUAGUUCUGAGGACAGUUACGUGCCCAUGCACCCCAGCGCUUCUCCGCCCAUCGUAGGAUCAGAUUGCACACCUGAUGGCUACAUUCCCAUGAGCCCGGGCUCGGCCACAUUUACUUUCCCUUCAGUUGGCACCGAAAAACGCUCCAGCCCUUUGCCAGAACUCCCGACAGAUCUGGAGCCGCCCCCGGUCAACCGAGAUCUCAAGCCUCGUCGAAAACCACGACCACCUCCGCUGGAUCUGCGAAACCUCUCUACCAUAAGGGAACAUACUGCCUUGACCAGAACGUGGACCGUGCCUUACAAUCAAACAAGCUUUAUCUCUCCAGAAAGAGAUGGCAUUAAUUCCGCCCGGGUCUUCGCCAGUUCAAUUUCCGGGGAAGAGGAAGAAAGCUACAUUCAAAUGGAGCACCGGCAGGCAACCUCUCCAUGUAAUGGGGCUUUCCAGUGGCCAAAGAAGUUCAGCCUUGAUUAUUUAGCAUUGGAUUUUAAUUCUGCAUCUCCGUCACCUGUGCAAAAGAAACCUUUUCUCUCUGAAGAACAAAGAGUGGAUUACGUCCAGGUGGAUGAACAGAAGACUCAGGCGCUCCAGAGCACUAAGCAGGAAUGGACGGACGAAAGGCAGUCCAAAGUGUGACGGGUGUGUGGAAGCCAGUCUUUCGCUUGGUUUAAUUUUGCACAUUGAAAUCCGGGAAGUUUCAUGAUUCCGCUGCAACAGUGAAGUGUGGAGGAUUCUGGGAGACUGCAAAGGAACUCCUGUCAAGAAACAGAACGCACGAUGGUUUGGAAGAAGCAGGUCUGUCCUUUUAAAAAAGGAUUCAUCUGAAGGCUGUCAAAACGGCCUUCAUCUUGAACAACCCUGCCCAGAAACUAGCCAUGGUACCAUUUCAUACCGGAGUUUGGGCCUCUUCAAACAAUGAAUGGGAACGCAAGCCUAGUCACAUCGAAUCAAACACUGCAAUGACGUAUUACUACUGUGUUUUUUUGCUUUUAAAUACUAAACAAUUUAACAGAUGCUGUUGCUGUCGCAUCUGACACUGACAGGUAUUGGGGAAAUAAGGGCUAAACGUUAGAGAAACAGUAUAAAAGACCUCUGGGGAGGAACCUCUCUGGGUAUCCAAUACUUGACUUUCAUUUACCUGCCAGGGAAGUAUAAAUAGACGGGACUUUGUAACUGGUGAAAACCGGACUCUUCAUCUGUCUCAAGUAUCAUCUUCGCAGAUCAGCAACACCCAAAACGCUCCCAGACACUGUUGUGCCGCCUUCCCAGUCACACCGGGUGCUUGUUGUUUGAAGCCUCAGUGCUACAUGAAGCUGUGUUACCUGUCGCCUACGCACCCUUCCGCUGCCCACCCGCCGACUCUUGAGUCUUUGCGUUCAAAAGAAAUACAGGGAAGCAGCAACGCUACAUUCGCAAGGCUGCAAGCGAUCAGCCGAGGAUCAGAAAGCUUCCUCGGAGCUGCAGAGGAGAACGAUGCCAUUGCGAUACCUGAAGGCUGUAGCCCAGUUUCUGGAUCCCAGUCAACGAAACCACUCCGGGAUGCAGUUUGAGGAGCUCUUAAAUGCUGCGGAAUGACUGGAACGAGCCUUAUUCGGGCCUUUAAGCACUCAGUUAUUUUAUUUCACAGUUAGCCUUCUUUUAAUAAAAUAAAACAGGGCCUCACUUGGAUAUCCCUAAUGUAUGGAUGCCCUGACCUGGAUGCCCCUACCUACCCCAUCUUGAUAGCUGAGCAGAGUUUUUAGACGGGCGUCCUCCAGGAAAUACCAGGGUACCGAUUCUGAGGCAAACCACCUCUGAACAUCUCUUGCUUUGAAAAUCCUGUGGGGGUCACAAUAAGUCAUCUGUGACUUAACGGCAAAAAAUAUACAUAUGGAUGGUGGUUAGCAGUUUGUUGGGUUUGUUCUGGGUCUUGCAUCAUCGAUUCACCUGGUCCGGACAUUCUUGUUUCCAGCAGCCCCGGCUGAAAUUGUGGCCGGUCGUUGAGCUUGCCCAGAUUUGGUUUGGCGCCUUUCUUUUUGUGGCAGGACUCUCGUGUUGGCCAUAGCUGUGCGUCAGCUCCCAAUCCAGUUGGUAAAGCAUUCAUUUGCCAAUGCACCUUAACACUUGGGAAACCUGCGGCCUGUUAAAUUUCUACCUACUAUGUAGGAGCAGUGCCGGAACACGGGGAUAAAGAGCAACAACUGAUAAGCUUAGAUCCAGGCGCCUGCGCAAAGGACACAUUUCUAGUAGUUCAACUCAUAAGAUUGUCUGGAGAAUGUAGUAUGGUUGAAAUGUCUCGUUGAUCGACCAAGAGUUCGUUAGAGCACUGAAGGAGAGUUGAUGCAAGGAAGCUGUGGGCUCUGUGUUCCAGUUGCGUCUUCCACUUGUGCUAGUUUUUACUGGCACACAAUGGCUGGGUCUGUAGCCAUUAGCAAGUGUUGCUCCCCUGCAAGCUGAGAAAGGUUCCCCUUCGGCUGUUUGCAGAGGAAGCUGCUCUUACAGAUCAAUUUGGGGGACAGCCCCCAACAAUUGCUACUUCUAAUAAUCAUCUAGUAAGAGAGUCACCCAGCAGUGGGAUUCAGCCGGUUCGCACCACUUCGGCAGAACCGGUCGUUAAAACGGUGAUUGCAAACAACCAGUUGUUAAAUUAUUUGAGUCUCACCACCGGAACCGGUUGUUAAAUUAUUGAAUCCCGCCACUGGAGUCACCCCUUAAAGAACACCUGCACCAAACCAACAGUUCGGCCCACUGACUUGGACAUCGGCAGUAGAAGUUGGAUUUUAUGUUCUUUGCGCCUGUUCCAUCAGUUGAGGGCAGAAUUUGCAAGUAAGAUCUGCCCAAACUUCAGCCUUUAUUGAAAGCCAUAUUCAUUUGGAUGGACUUGGCCACAAGCUUUCCCUUGUGAACUCAGACGCAGUGGUCCAGCGGCAUCCUUGCCUGUUGAUUUUGGCACCCUGCGUUGUGUAUCACUGGGGCGUGGCAGGAUAGGGUAUCUGUUUUGUUGUGUCUUCUGUGGUCUCUCCUUCAAAUAGGACAGGCUGUUUCACUAUGGUGUAAGCCCCUACAAAUUGUUCGCGCUCCGUUUCCAAACGUUGCUCAGCAAACGGUGUCCUCGAGAGAAUAGGGCCCGUAAAAGCUCGAUUACAUAUUGCGACUUUUAAAGAAGGAUUUGCAAAUGCAGUCUCUGGGAUUCGAGGGCUAGAAUGUGUAGGGACACUUUAGCACAUCCUUCUCCUACUAGCAGAAACCCUCCAACCUGAAUUCAUGUCCACUAGGAGAAAAAUGUAAGUGACUCCAGCGAGGGGGAAAAGAAGACUGAAAAUUGCUUUUUCCUGCAAGAAAAUGCCCAGGGAGUAAAAAGUUAGUUUCCCUAAACUUCCUCCUCUUUGAUAAAGCAAUCUUGGAGGUUCUGCUUGAAAAUAGAGAAAAUAGAGAAAAAACCCAGUGUUGAAAAUAGAGAAAAAAACCAGUGUUUCCUAAAUGGGUAGUUGAACGCUACAUGUCUUUGCAAUCUCAGAUCUGGCACCUGCUAUUGUGGGCAACUGUUCUGUGUCCUCUGACAGAUGCACAAUCACAGGGUUCCAGUCCAGCAUCCUUAGCAGCCAAGCAAGAGGUCUUGGCGUGUCCUUCGAAGAAUCCUUGAUUUGUCAGUGUCCUUCAAAACAAUGUCCACCCCAAGUUACUUCGGUCAUCCCCACCUUCUGUGUCUCUGCGUGUUUGUAAUUGUAUUAAAUGGUCAAGAGGUCCAGUAUUUAAACCCCCUCAGAUGCUAUUUGUGAUCAAGCCAGUAGUUAUAGACAUGCCACUCUCUAGUUUUCUGCUUUGCAGACAUUCUCAGGUUUCCCUCAAAAAGUAGACGAGGGGUGGAUGUUGAUAAAAUUGCAAAAAAAAUGUUUGGUCAAGUUGCCACAUUUCGGGGGUUUGCCAGUCAUGGUCCUUGUUUGGGGGAGACCAGCAUUUAGCCUCAUGAAGUUUUCCCCAUCAUUUCCAUUCUGGAAAAGGUUCAAUGGCUGAGGUUUUGGGUCACGUGCCCGUUGAAGCCACAGGAGAACUUCCAGAAGAAAUACCCCCAAAAAAGACCCCUCCCCAAAAGACCCCAACCACCAGCCCCCUGUGAUGGAAUGGGCCCGCUUUGCUCAACAGGCUCUAUUCCACCCCAAGCCUCUACCAGGGGUUGCCGCCUUUUCCUGGAAAAGGCUUGCUUUCUCCCUCUGGGUAAACCACUGCCACCACCUGAUCAUUUGAGGGUUAGCCAUAGUCUUCAGGACAUCCUGAAUACUCCUCAGUCUCCUUUCCAAAUCUGAGACCAAGCCUCAGUUUCCCUUGUUUCCCCUCUCCUGGGUUCCACGGGGCAGACUGGAGGCCCCGGAGGAACAGCUGCUUGCCAACUUCCAGCCUUCCUCCUGGUGCUCUCCAGUUCCAAUCGCCCAUCCACAACGGUGGGAGCCUGGGUGGUACAGAGGACUGUUCCCCACAUCUAAGGUUCAAAAGUAUUUAUUGAAAAUAGAAUGGUUACAAGUAUGUUUUAGUACUGCACCAGAUUGAACAAGGAUUUCCAACACAAAUGAGAUAUAAGUGCAAUUCUUCUAUCCCUUUCUCUAUACUUGGCCUACUCGCUGUUACAAUAGGGUAGGCUCUUAAGCUUAGAAGGUUACAACCCUCACAGAGUUCCCAUUACCUGGAAGGCUGGGUCAGCUCCCUGGGCAGUCACAUGGUCCCAAAAUGGCUGCUCUCUCCAGAGCCCAGAUUUGUGCAUCUGCUUCCUUCAGUGGGUCAGCAGUUUUAUCAGUUCCCAGGCCCCACCCCUCUCUCAGGGUCAGUCUGGGCUAUCUUUCCCCCCUGAUGUCCCUCUGGCAUUUUAAGUCCUCCAAAUCUAUGAUACCUGCUUGGAGAAGGGAAAGGGGGGAAGGAGCCAUUUAUUCACACCCCUGAACAAGAGAGUGACACUUGGCAAAGAGAAUGCCUUGAAUGAGCAUUAAGGCGAACUUUCCUUUGUGUUAACAAAGGUAUCACAUGGUUGUGUUGGGGGGGGGGGCACUGGGGGAAUACACCAUCAUCUUCUUUUGUCGUAACAGUCAUUGUACAUAUUGUGUGCACAUAAAGUUAUGUUCCUUUUUUCUAAUAAAGCCAAAUGCUAAAG